AUGCUGAACUACGCAAUCCAGUGCUUUCCGCUACUUCUCGCGCCUCUGCGCAUUGCCAUUAUUCCCACGAUCCAGUUCAUUGUCAACGCCCCCUGCCGCUUCGUGUUCCUCAACACACGUGGUCGUGAGCAACAGUUGGGAGCGGAGGAAGAGAAUACAGAGAAUGGGGCUGGAAGACGAGGACGGCAGUGUGACUUCAGUGCCAAGGCGACUAGUGAAUGUCACAUUGUGCUUUUGUUCGUUGCAGUUUGUCGACCAGCCGGAGCGUUUCCUGAGCAAAUCGUGGUAUAUUACGAAGGUGAUGGGAGUCUGGGUGUGCGAGAAGGGAAGGCGGUGGAGAAAGGAACGGAGACGAGGGUGAAUGUGGGCGGGAGUAAGAGUGAGACCGUGAAGGUGACGACAAACAAGAACCGGGAUGGAAAUAUGCAGGAGGAGGAGGAGGGGGAGGAGGAGGAGAAAGAGGAUGAGGAGACGGAGGUGGUUGAGUUUGAGGCAAAGAAGAAUGGAGGUGAGAAGGAGAAAUAG